GACAUAAGCUCAGGAUACCCAAAGAUAAUAUUGUUACUGCUAGGCAAAUGUGACGCAUAAUGGCCUUGAAAAACUCAGAUUCAUAACAAGGCCAACAAUCCCAUUCAUAACAAGGAACCAAUACCCAAGGAACGUAGGGAGGCAGAGAGGCGAUAGGGGUAGAAAACAAAGCGAAGGAGGAAGAUUUAUGCUGAUUUAAGAUGGCAUCAAGAACACAACUCAGAAAUGCUUCUCUUCAUGUGAGGCUUACCCAGGUUCUCAGGGACUUGGUGCACAGAACCAUUGGUGAAGCCCAGGCAACUAGUCCUGUGCAAAAGAUUGUCAGUGAUAAUGAAGCAAAAGCACCAGAACUGCAGUCACAGUUGUCUUCAAAGUCCUCUGUUGAGCAGGAGGCCAAGUCAAGUCCUCCCCAAGAGCCUCUUCCUGCAGCCAAGGAACAGAGAGUGCCCCCAGAUGUCAGCUCAUGGCAAAGUUACAUGAGUCUUCUGAAGAUUCCUGAAAAACCUCAACCAAAGGUGGUGCCUAAAUGGAAACUGGAACUGGCAUCAGCAAGGGGCGGCAUUGACGCUCGCACCCGUGACCUGGUCGGUCUGGUUCGCUCCGCGCGCACCGAUAUGUCACGCUCGCGGCGCGUGGAGGACCUGUGUCGCCACCUGCAGCAGCACCCGGAGGCCAUCAACCUGGCCUUCAUGGAGGGCGCCGUCUCCUGCCUACUCACCAUGUACGAGGAGACGUCCGACAAGGUGGUCCAGAUGCAGCUGCGCGAGGCGCUGGCGCUGCUCGGUUACGUGCGGCCUGUCACCGGCCGCGGCAUCCGCAUCCUGAGCAUCGACGGCGGCGGCAUACGGGGUAUCCUGGCCAUCGAGCUGCUGCGGGAACUGGAGCGCCUGAGCGGGCAGCCGGUGUACCAGAUGUUCGACCUCAUCUGCGGUGUGAGCACCGGUGCGCUGCUCGCCUGCCUGCUGGGUCCCCUGAAGCGGUCACUGGACGAGGUGGAGGAGCUGUACACCCGGCUGGGCACGGCCGUGUUCACCCAGACCCGGCUCAAGGGCACCACAAAGCUGCUCUGGGAACACAGCUACUACGACACGGAGGCGUGGCGCGUCAUCCUGCAGCAGAACCUGGGCAUGCAGCCGCUCAUCGCCUUCAGCCGCGACCAGGCCGCGCCCAAGGUGGCAGCCGUAUCGACGCUGGUCAGCAGUGACCAGCUGCAGGCGUUUAUAUUUCGGAGCUACAACCACCCGCACCACGUGCAGUCGCACUACCAGGGCAGCAGCCGGUACAAGGUGUGGGAGGCGGUCCAGGCGUCGGCGGCGGCCCCUGGCUAUUUCCAGGAGUGUCGCAUUGGGGACAUGCUCCACCAGGACGGCGGUAUUCUGGUGAAUAACCCGGCGGCGAUCGCCAUCCACGAGGCGCGCCAGCUGUGGCCGCAGGAGCCCCUGCAGUGCGUCGUCUCCAUCGGCACCGGCCGGUUCGCGCCCAGCAUGCUCAGCACCCGGCCGACGGCCGCCGCCGCCGCCGCCGCGCCCGACGCCACCUCAUGGAUGACCAAGAUCCGGAAAUUCGUCGACAGUGCCACAGAUACUGAAGGUGUGCACACCAUUCUCACGGAGCUACUGCCCACUCACAGCUACUUCCGUCUGAACCCCUACCUCACCGAGAACGUGCUUCUCGACGACAGCCACCCGGACAAACUGCGCCAACUGAAGGAGGACGCGCGCAUGUACCUGCGCAAGAACUCGUUCAAGCUGGGCCGCGCCGUCACGGAGCUGAACCGGCAGCGGCGCCGCCACCAGCGAUUCAUCGACUGGCUCCACCUGAAGCGCGAUACGCACGGAUUCUGAGCGGCGGAGGAACCGGGUCAACCGGAGCGACGGCGGAGGGUGAGCUUAGCGGGUGGGGCAAGGAGGGGAAUGGGAGGAGUGGUCGAGGUAGUUUGGGCUGCUAGAUAAACGACCUGAAAGUGUUGGAAACCGAGCUGCCUAGAAGAAUGACCCGAAAAGUGUUGGUGAUAUUAUCGCGCAGAUAAUAUUGUGGGCCGGGAGACUAGAGAAGGAGUGGGAACUGACGCAGUAGGACUAGACAGAUUUGUAGAGAUACCUCAGGUUCUGCGACGGUUGGGCUCAAAGCGCGUGUAAUGUGCGAUAGAUGUCGCGCAUGGUCACAUUUGCGGGCAUUGGACGACCCACUGCCCUGAGUAACCCAUGUCCCAUAGACGGGGUCCUUACCGAGCGCGUUUUAGUUGUUCGACGUAAUAAUCUAUAGAUAGAUUUCCGCAUUUAUCUCCUGCGAGUGUAUAGUGUGCUGCGACUAACGGCCAGCCUCGCCGUUAUGUGAUUGUUGUUUGUUCGCGCGCAGAGUGAUUGCUACGAGAAUGCGGUACCUGAAAAUUGUGAGAUUUGAGUGCUUGUUACCGUUUUAUUGCAUGUGAACUUAUAAGUGACCCAGACCAGCGAAUGGUGCGGUGACGAUCCGAAUGCGAACUCGCCCCGAUUCCUUCUUUGAAGGUAUGCUUGUUUGUGUUGUGAAGUCGGUACAGCUGUGCUGCACUGACGUUUGUGAACUGGUGUGGUUGAAAGUGAUACGUUGCGGCUGACAUUCUAGUCAUGUGCAAUGUGAUGUGUGCUUAUGUGCGCAAAGUGAUGUGUGCUAACGUGCAAUGCAGUGUGAUGAGGCAACCACUCUGAAAUAUAUGCAUUUUGUGCACAA